GGUGUUGGCUUCAUUCAGUGGCGGGUUCCGCGGUGGACGCAGCUCCGGCGGGCGGGCGCUGCUCUCGCUCAGUAAGAACAGGUCCUCGGCCGGCAUCGCUCAGCGGGCAGCAGCCGCAGGAGGAGGUGCUGCGGAGGAAGGCAGGAUGCUGUCCCGACUGCGCGCGGCCGCGGCGCCCUGCGCCCUGGCGCGGCACGGCCUGCACACCAAGGAGAAGGGCAAGCCGCUCAUGCUGAACCCGCGCACAAACAAGGGCAUGGCCUUCACCCUACACGAGCGACAGAUGCUUGGGCUGCAGGGACUCCUCCCCCCCAAAAUAGAGACACAAGACAUCCAAGCCUUGCGCUUCCACAAGAAUCUGGCAAAAAUGACUGACCCCUUGGAAAAGUACAUCUACAUCAUGGGCAUCCAGGAGAGGAACGAGAAGCUGUUCUACAGGGUGCUGCAGGACGACAUCGAGCGCCUGAUGCCCAUCGUCUACACCCCGACGGUGGGCCUGGCCUGCUCCCAGUACGGACACAUCUUCAGGAGGCCCAAAGGAUUAUUUAUUUCCAUCUCAGACAGAGGCCACAUCAGGUCAAUUGUGAACAACUGGCCAGAGAACGACGUUAAGGCUGUCGUUGUCACUGAUGGAGAAAGAAUAUUGGGUCUUGGAGACCUGGGUGUGUAUGGGAUGGGAAUUCCAGUGGGAAAGCUGUGUUUGUACACAGCCUGUGCGGGGAUACACCCAGAUAAAUGCCUGCCUGUGUGCAUCGACGUUGGGACUGAUAACCCAACACUCCUCAAGGACCCCUUCUACAUGGGGCUGUACCAGAAGAGGGAUCGCUCGCAGGUCUACGAUGACCUGAUAGAUGAAUUCAUGGAGGCCAUUACGGACAGGUACGGCCAGAACACGCUCAUCCAGUUUGAGGACUUUGGGAACCACAAUGCUUUCCGCUUCCUGAGGAAAUACAGAGAGAAGUACUGUACCUUCAACGACGACAUCCAAGGGACAGCCUCGGUGGCCUUGGCAGGACUGCUGGCAGCACAGAAAGCCACUGGGAAACCACUGACAGACCAGAAAGUGCUGUUCCUUGGGGCGGGAGAGGCCGCCCUGGGAAUCGCAAACCUGAUUGUGAUGGCCAUGAUGGAGAGUGGUGUUUCCUGUGAGGAGGCCUCCAGGAGAAUAUGGAUGUUUGACAAGCACGGCUUGCUGGUCCAGGGCCGAGAGCAGAAGGUGGAUUCCAACCAGGAGCCAUUUACACAUCAGCCUCCGGAGCACAUACCAAAGACGUUUGUGGAGGCAGUGAAUGUACUUCGGCCUUCAGCUAUCAUCGGCGUUGCUGGGGCAGGACGCCUGUUCUCCCAGGAUGUGCUGAAAGCCAUGGCUUCCAUCAACGAGCGACCCAUCAUAUUCGCACUGAGCAACCCCACGGUGAAGGCUGAGUGCACGGCAGAGGAGGCCUACACCACCACCGAGGGCCGCUGCCUGUUUGCCAGCGGCAGUCCCUUCGAGCUGGUGACGCUCAAGGAUGGAAGAACCUUCAAGCCAGGCCAAGGAAACAACGCGUACAUUUUCCCAGGCGUGGCUCUGGCGGUGAUCCUCAGCAGCGUCCGGCACAUCAGCGAUAAGGUUUUCCUAGAGGCUGCCAAGGCCUUGGCGGAGCAGUUGACAGAUGAAGAGCUUGCACAAGGAAGGCUUUAUCCUCCGCUGUCCAAUAUCAGGGAAGUUUCUAUUUAUAUCGCUGUCAAGGUGAUGGAGUUCCUGUACGCCAACAACAUGGCCUUCCACUACCCCGAGCCCGCCGACAAGGACCGCUACAUCCGCUCCAAGGUCUGGACCUACGAGUACGAGUCCUUCAUGCCGGACGUCUACGACUGGCCCGAGUCCAAGGUGCACUGACGCGCCGCACUCCUCAGGCAGCACCGCCUACUCUGCAGGGAUCCCCUCCUCACAACAACUAAAAUCAUCAUCUUGGGCUCCUCUAAUUUAUUCGCGCUCAUUUCGUUGCCUUUUUUUUGUUUGUUUGUUUUUCCCCCCUUCCUUACACCCCGUUUUUUACCUGGUUUCUCCCGAGUACCUGACGAACGGUGUGGAUGACAGCCACAGGGAUGAGAGAGCCCUCCAAAAUUGAUUUAAACAGUGACAUUGCAUUUCUAGCUCAGAGCCAGCACCGCACUGAAGAAUUCCAUUGAUGGUAUUUUUCACUCCGUGCGUUUGGUGGUGAACUGUAGCUCUCUCAUCACUGCUGAUCUCCAGAAUGAUUUAUUUCUGCCUUUAAUAAUCAGUCUUCUAAUUGUCCUAGUGCUGUCACACUGCAUUAGCUGUGGCAUCAAGGGAAACCACUUCUCAUAAAAAAAAAAGGAAAAAAAAGGAAAAAAGGGGCAGUUAAAGACAAGUUGAAGAGUCUAAUGGGCCUUCUGUUUUGUUUAAUGUUUGAAGAUGCCCGAGUCCUGAUAUCCUUGUGGCACUGGCCGCUGUUUCCUUGAGGAGCAGCCAGAUGUACACGUGUGGAGUCUGCAGCAAAGUUCGCAGUUUUGUUUUCAUCACUCGGUGAAAUCUGUUCUCAGGAAAAAUGUGAACUAGUUCAGAUUGUCCUUGGGAAGCCUGAAAAUCAUAUCAAAUCACUCAACAGCUUUUAGAAACAAAGCGGCACUGUCGCAGGGUAAAUUUUAUCGGGUAGAGGUAGGACCUGAAGUAAUUUAUGGAAAUCUCUUAGAGAUUUUACAAGGAAGUUUUACGCAAUGGACUCAAGAUGACGUACCAAAGGAUUUUUAUUUAAUUUUUUAAUUGUUUCCAGAUUAUGUUUUGUCUAAGCCAGGUUGUUUUCUCCCUUGCACCCCCUCGGCCUCACGAAAGGACUCGUGUGUGAUGUCCUGUGGCACUGCUGGCUCGAAAGCUCCAAAGUGGACUCACUUGGAACAAGCACCCUGUAGGCAGCAGAUGAAGCUGAGAGUGGUGUCAGGCAGCUGUUUGCACCAGUCUGACUGAAUGUUUCCUGUGGCAGCGUGAGUACUGGACUCAAAAACGCCAUGCCUACCAUCGCUCCACCUCACUCCACUUGCAGGUCUAGUUUGUCAGAGCUCUUGUGUGAAAACAGAAAUCUCCAGUGGAGUUUGCCCUUGCCAGGGCUUGUGCUGCAUGUUUGCUACAGAAACCACAGUGUGUGUUCCUCCUGGCUGUGGGGCAGAGAGACUGAAGUGACCAGGGACAGGCAGGGACACCCAGUGAGGGCCAUGGCCUGUGACUGAGGUGACCAGGGACAGGCAGGGACACCCAGUGAGGGCCAUGGCCUGUGACUGAAGUGACCAGGGACAGACCAGGGACACCCAGUGAGGGCCAUGGCCUGUGACUGAAGUGACCAGGGACAGACCAGGACACCCAGUGAGGGCCAUGGCCUGUGACUGAAGUGACCAGGGACAGACCAGGACACCCAGUGAGGGCCAUGGCCUGUGACUCUCCCAGGUGUGGUCCCUGCAGCCAGAGCAGUGAUGUGCCAGGAGCAGAAAUAAUCUGCUAAUAAAAAUUGAAAAAAAAAUAGAAAAUAAAACAGGAUCUGUGCUGUUCCACAGAUUGCUGCAGCAAGGCAGGGGUAGGACAGGAGUAAAUAAAAUAGAGAGAUCGCAGCGCUGUGCUGGCAAACAUCAUCCAAAGAGAUAAAGUAAAGCUUGCUCGGGACUUAGCCGUGGCAAACACUGCUCUUGUAUCCUCAGUUAUAUAGGAAAAUGCAGUCUCCACAGAACAGGCCAGAACAGAGCAGGGAAAACGGUCUCAGAACGCCCUUAGGCACCUACAGCCCAGUCUCAGGCUGUAAAAUUACAUUGAUACAAAGAACAGUAAACUUUCCCCCUAAGUGGGGAAAGAAGACUGAUUAUAUAAACACAGAAAAGAGUGGUGCAGGGAAAAACCUGUGGUGUUCAAGCUGUGGUAAAGUGUUGUGUGGUGGGGCUCGAAGUGCUUCACUGCUGAGUCCUGAGGUGCGCGUGGACAGGAGCUUGCACUUGCAAGUAAAUGUACAAAAGACACCAACACACACAGAGGAUGUUUCUACAAAGAGUGCUUUUUUCAUCUAUUUUUGCUAUGCCUUGUUUUUAUCGUAUUUAAGUUAGUGGUCCUACUGAAAAAUAAUUAUUUAUUCAGCAUAUGGAUUGUUUUUGCCUUCUGAAAACCCAGCUGUGUCUGAAGCCUGUGGAGUUGUGCAUCGCUGGGUUCCAGAGUACUGGGAACACACGCUUCCUCCCUCCUGCCCGGUUAGACCAGUAACAAAACCACCCCAAAACGCACUGAUCUCACAUCCCAGAGGCAGGAGAACCAGUCUCUGUGGGAAACACAGAUCCACAGCCGCUCCCUCAGUCCGGUUAUUUUGUUUUCAAGGCUUUUCGCUGCUGUCCGUAACCCGUGGCCACGGGUAGCGCCCAGGAAAAGCAGGAUCCUGGGAAAGCCGCGCUGGCUGCGGGCAGCAGGGCCCUGCUUUGGGAUUUUUGGGAUUCCCACUUCCCAAAGGGAGCUCCCACGCCUGCUGUGAGCAAUCUCCUCCUCUCUGGCACAGCCUCACUGCUGCCUUGCAGCAGAUGCCAGGAGGGAUUGCUGAGAGCCGGCUGGCAGCGGGGCUUUCCCAAGCACAAAUGUCGCUGCAGAGUAAUUUUCCUGGGAAUCCCGCUGUCAGGAUCCCGGCUGGCUCUGUCCCCUGUGGCACCCGGGCCAUGCUCACCCUCCUGGGCUUUGUCUGGCUCUCCGUGCCUGCCCUGCAUGUGGGAUUUUCCCUUCCACUGUUGGCAGCAGGCCAGCUCACAGAGCGUUAACUCCUUUUCACCCCCUCUGCCAUCUCCUCCAGGAUAUCUUUUUUUUUUGAUACGUCAAAUUUUCCGAUACACAGAUUCAUGCCCUGUUGUUCUUCAGGUACAAUUAAUCCUUGAACUAAUUACAACCGCUAAUCUUGCUGGCUAGUAAGGAACCAGUUUCCUUUUCCAUAUUAUUCUUAACAUGAUUGGUUUUUUUUUUCUGUUUGCUGGCUUAUUCAAAAUAUUUACCGAUCUUUGUACAUAAAAUUCUCUUUAGACAGUAUGCAAAGGGAAACAGGUGUCACCAGGAUGCAUUUCGUCAUGUUACAUAGCGUAAGUUAAAAAAAUACAUCACCUAGAGGACCACCAGUGUUGUGGCUUGUCACACAGCCCCGGUGACUCGCCCUCCAAAUGAUACAAAAGACUGUCUUCCAUGUCUCUGGGGCACGCAGAACCCUUCUGAGAGCAUCAGGAGCUUCCCUGAGGUCAGUCUCUUCCAGGAUUUAUCCAGUCCUUGCUUCCUUAAAAUCAGCCUGGCUGAGCCUCUUGGCAGCGACCUGUAGGAACCUUCAGGGGAGAGUGAAAGUAUCUAAUGAAGCACAGCCUUUCUUUAUAAAACAGGUGUGUUUUUGUUCAGAGAUGUUGCAAAGGUCUGUGUGUUCCUGAAGCCUCUGCCCAGCUCUCCACAUGGCAUGUGGAAGGCGACGAUUAAAAUGCUGUGUCUGAUGUAUUUUAAACCCCCGGUGUGAGCCGUGGCACCAGUUCUCAGCUGCGUUUGUGGACAGUGGUGCAUCCUGACCCUUUGUGUUCGUUUCCCAAGCUUCCAACCGAGUGGCACUUACCCUGCAGAGUGGUGUGUAACAGGUUUCCUGUGGUCGGUGCGUGUCUUCCUCUCGUACUGUUGUUUCCAGCACGCUGUUUCAUGGGGAUAAAGUAACUCUGUCACACUCCUCCGGUAGUUCCUGCAAAGAUGAACGAUGCACCUUUUAGCUUCUCGUUAGCAGCCCUGCGUGGUGACUGUUCCUGUGGGAAAGUGGGGAUCACUGUUGUCGAGCUCCAACCCUGGUUUUAGUUCAGCUGACCCUGGCGCAGUCCCGGCUGUUUUUCCUUGGCAGAGCUGCGGAGCCGAGCUCCUCUGCGGGUCACACACAGCUGUCUCCCGUGGGUGCCAGAGCAGUUUGGGCUGCUGUUCCGUCCUGAGUGCUCCCUGCGCUCAGAAACGCCGUCAUCGCUGCAUUCCUUGGGAUGACCCACACCGCUGCCCCGUUCCUGAGAGCCGCGCGUGGGCAGCGGGCAGGGCUGGUGUUCGUGGAGAGAGGAAACGCAGAGCCAAGCUCUGGCUGCAGAGCCAAGCUCUGACUGCACUGCCUUGGCAGCUGAAUUUGAGCAAAGCCCUUCAGCUGCCGCUGCUGGAGGCACACCUGGCCCUGUGCAGACCCUGCCCGCUGCCAGGAGCUCCGGGCGAGCUCCAAGCCCCACGUAUCCUCAAUUAUAUAGGAAAACACAGCCCAAACCCGCGCUCUCCGUGGGCAUGGCGCUGGCUCGGGGAGCACAGCUGGAGGAAGAGCUUCUGUCACCGUUUGUCCUGCUCGUGCUGCUGAACCGUCGCGUUCCCCCGGCACACGAGGCCAGCGCUGGACUGAACUCGGCUCUCCACCAUCCACUGACUUUGACUCAUCCCUUCCUCAGCUGGAUCCUUCCUAGCGGGAAUAAAAGCACCCUUGGGACUGAAGAUGGCUGCUUUCUCAACAAAACGGCAAAAUAAUCUGCAUUUAUUUCUAUCUUAAACAUAUCUACCUUAGGCAAAUCAAUGUAAGGCUGCUGAGGUGCUGGUGGGAGCAGUUCCAGCCCGGUGUGUGCCGGCUUGGCUGUGCCUGAGAGGGUCAUUGCUCAGCUGAAACUAAAACUGUGUGUAAAAUGUGGACUGGUUGGGGUUUCUUCCUACUUUAUAACAUUGUAACUCUAUUGAAAUGUGUGUUCUAGUCUUCUAUUUUCUUAGUAAAAUGCAUUCCCUUUG